AUGGGUAAUUGUUUUGGAUUCCGGAGUGAAACCUCGUAUCUUCUGGAUCAAGAAGUCUACGAAACUCACGACGAACAGGAUGAAAUCCCCAGACCAGAACAUCCGAUGCCCACGUAUCAUAUUAGUCCAGGCUUACCGAUUCUUGCAUCCGACUUAACAGAAGAAGAACAAAUACAAAUUGUCAAACGUAUUCAUAUGCUCCAAUUCCUUCCUCUAACUAAUUAUGUACCUGUGAAUAAGGAGAAAUUGAGAGAGUGCAUAAUAUGUAUGAAUGAUUUGAAAUUAGGUGAUGAAGUACGCUAUCUGCCUUGUUUGCAUACUUAUCAUCGUGUAUGCAUUGAUGAAUGGCUCAUGCGUUCAUUCAGCUGUCCUACAUGCCUACUGAAUUUGGAACCAGACAAUUCAGCAGCAACAAGAACACAAGCAGAAAAUCCUCCUGUUCCUGGAGCACCACCUACUGUACAAGCUUCAUCACCAAGGGAAAAUGUUCCAGACUUAAUCACAUCAUUGGCAGCAGGCGAAGAUGUGAUACACUCGUCGGUGAAUGAUUCACAUUCGAAUAUAAACUAA